AUGGCUGCAGACGCUGACGUUGCCGAGGCGUAUUUUCAUCAUGGUGAGAAAGAAAGCAAAUUAAUUUUAAUUAAUUUGUCCAACAUUUCUGCCAUCAUGGCUGAUGAUGAUACGGCGGCACAAGCUGCUCCAACAUGGAGGUUCCGCAAAGUGUCUUUGUUCCGGAAGCUGAGAGAACAUCUGGAGUCUCGAUCCAAAGUCACCAUGGCGUCUCCCAGCUGCAGUGGACUCGAAGUUCUCCUCUCCAGUCUGGAGAAUGCUGGAGAUGUGGAGAACAUGCUGAAAGUCCUCAAUGUGUUGGAUGAACUUCUCUCUGCAGGUACAGACCGGCGUAUUCACAACAUGAUCUCUAAAGGAGGAAGUGAAGCUCUUCUUUCAGCGCUGGUGAAAACGGCUCAGUGCUCGAGUCCGGACUUCACACUGCUGCUACCAACAUUACACCUCCUCGCUAAGGUGGGACACAGAGACCGUAUGAUGGGGGUGAAGGCGGAGAAAGCUGACGCCGUGUUGCCGACCCUCAGACUUUUACAGCAAAACUGUGAAAAUGUCAGGAGAGCGGCAGCGUGUCUAUGGGUCAUCACCACGUUCUGCUCCUCUGUUUCCACUGCCACACUGUUAGGAGAGAAUCAAGCUCUGGAUGUUGUGUUUAAACUGAUAACACCACCUGCUGCAAAACACACUCGCACAGUCAAGGCCGCCGUUGAUGCCUUCGCUGCUCUGCUAUCCUCAAAGGAGAACGUUCUCCUGGCGGUGAGGAGAGGGUACAUCUCGGGCUUAGUGAGAGGUUAUGAAGACUGGCAUACACAGGACACAGGGAACAAACACACCAUCGUACGCAGGGCGUUCCUCCGCUGCCUGCACAGAGCUGCCAAAACCAGUGCCGGGAGACACACCCUCGUAUCUGAGGGAGGAGUCGCUGUGCUGUAUAACACCACACAGGCGUGUUUGUUGAUGAAGAACUCGGAGUCUCUGGUAGAAAGUGCAGUUCAGCUCAUGAGGAAAUGUCUCCCAAAACUUCCUCUUCCUUUACGUUCGGAUCACAGCGCGUACAACUUCCUGCUUCCUGGGAACCCUGAGGAGGCCUGGGAAUUUGACUCAGGAGCCAAUGAUGUAAACAAUGAAGAUGACAGCGAUGAUGAACAAGAAAGUGAAGAGCUUGAAUACCACGAUUACGAGGAUGAUUUGGAGACAGACAUUAAUAAGCUGAAGGCUCGGCCGGAUCUGGAUCGGCCAAAGGAGCAGCUGGCGCAGUACGCACUCUUCUGUCCUGAACUCCAUCUCAACUUCCAGGAUCUGGACUCAGACUCAGCGCGAGAUGUGAGCUCAGACGACAACAUCAAACUCCAUGACAACAGAAAAUCCAAAUCAUUCUCCAACAAUUGCUCGUCUCCGUCUUUACCUGGAGAGAAGCAGGAAGAGGCAGAUCUGAAGGCCAGAGAUCUCCAAAGUCACAUCCUGAACUGUGCAGGAAAUCAACAGGAAGCCUGUAACAGCCUGUUGGACAGACUUUUGGAGAAAUACGGUGCUUCAAUUCCUCAUCAUGAUCCUCGGCUUUACAGCUGGGCGGCUGCUCGCACGAAAUCCAUCGCUACGUUCUCCAUUUUGGCUUUUCCAGAUUUCUGGGGUCAUCUUCCUCCCGCUGGUCCCGAGAGCAUGGCUCACAGGGAACCCCACAUCCAGAGAAAGAAAAUUUUUGAAGACAUCCAGCGCCUACUCUGUCCUGAUGACAUCAUCAGUAAAGUCGUUUUUGAUAUUGAAGAGCCCAGUCCUCACUGUUCCAACCAGGCCCCUGCAGACUCCCUACGUUUCUUCUCAAAGUUUGAGAAUGGGAACUUGAGGAAAGCUGUUCACAUCCGCAGAUACGAGUACGAUCUGAUCGUUAAUGCCGAUGUGAACUCAUUGGCUCAUCAGCAGUGGUUUUAUUUUGAGGUCAGUGGAAUGACAGCAAAUGUUCCGUACCGCUUCAACAUCAUCAACUGUGAGAAAAGCAACAGCCAGUUCAACUACGGCAUGCAGCCCGUGAUGUAUUCAGUAAAAGAGGCACUUGAGGGAAGACCUCACUGGGUUCGAACUGGAACUGAGAUCUGCUACUACAGGAACAACUUCCGGCCAUGUGAAGGUCAUGGACAUCAUUGCUUUUACACUUUGACCUUCACUGUUACUUUUAGGCACAAGGAUGAUGUGUGUUACAUGGCGUAUCAUUAUCCAUACACCUUCUCUACCCUGCAGUCUCACCUCCAGAUGCUGCAGCGCUCUGUCGACCCGCGAAAGAUCUUCUUCAGACAGCAGAUGCUGUGCAACACACUCGGAGGAAACGCCUGUCCUCUGAUCACCAUCACAGCCACGCCCACCUCACACACCUUCAAACAUCUGCAUCAGCUCAGGAACAGGCCAUGUGUGUUCCUGACAGCGAGGGUGCAUCCUGGUGAGUGUAACUCCAGCUGGGUGAUGAAGGGAACGCUGGAGUUCCUGUGCAGUGACGAUGCCGUGGCUGAGAGUCUGAGAGAAACGUUCAUCUUCAAGAUCAUCCCCAUGCUGAACCCUGACGGAGUGAUACAUGGCAACCACCGUUGCUCUCUCAGUGCUGAUGAUCUGAACCGUCAGUGGCUGAAGCCGAGUCCCGUCCUCAGUCCCACCAUCUAUCACACUAAAGGACUGCUGUAUUACCUCUGCAGCAUCGGCAAAACCCCGCUGGUGUUCUGUGAUUAUCACGGUCACUCGAGGAAGAAGAACGUGUUCCUGUACGGUUGCAGUGUGAAGGAGACGCUGUGGCAGUCCGGCUCUCCCAUUAACACCGCUUCACUUAAAGAGGAUCCUGGAUACAGAACGAUCACCAAAACUCUGGAUCGAAUCGCUCCGGCGUUCUCCUUCAACAGCUGUAACUUUUUGGUGGAGAAGUCGCGGGCAUCGACGGCACGCGUGGUGGUGUGGAGGGAGAUGGGUGUUUUACGGAGCUACACUAUGGAGAGCACCUACAACGGCUGUGAUCAGGGCAUCUACAAGGACCUGCAGACGGGGACACGUGAGUUAGAGGAGAUGGGGAUGAAGUUCUGUCAGAGUCUCCUCACACUGAGGAAAAACUCCAUCAACUACAACAGCCGCCUCAUCGUCCAUGCAGCCGCCAUCCUGGAGCUGGACAGCAGCCUGAUGGACCACAAAUCCCACAACUGUUUCGAGGAUGACGAGCCUCCAUGUGUGGAGAACAUCGAGUAUUCAUCCUACAGCGAGAAGUACAGCACUAACGAGCUGGACGAAGAGAUCGACAGAAAUGUGUCCAGCGCAGAUGAGGAUGAGGACGGUGAAGAUCGCAGCAGGAAAACCCGGCACAGGAAGUCGGCUCUGUUCCCUCAUGCCUGCCAUCAGGAUUCCUUUGAGACUCUGAGCCUCAAGAGCAGCAACAACAUUGACAUCGACAUCAACGUCAACAUCAACAACACGUACCUGAGCUAG